UAUCUAACUGGUAUUUGCUUGUCUUAUAGUCACCAUGAAGUCGUCAUCUACCGCUCUUAUUGCGAUAUGUCUCUGUCUCGGCGUGUCAUGCGCACUGGGAGCCGGAUAUGGUUCCGGUUACAACAGCUAUGAUACCUAUGGAAGCGUAGGGGGCGGUUACACCAUGGGUUACGGAGGCGACUAUGGAAGUGGGUACGGAAGCGGAUACGGUAGUGGAUACGGAAGCGGUUACGGUAGUGGAUACGGAAGCGGAUACGGACACUCAAAGGGACACGGAAAGGGCUACGUCUCCACCGAGACCGUUAUUAGACAACCGUAUAUCCAGCCUAUGGCCCUCCCACCACCACCACCCCAGGCCGGCAACGACGGACUUUUAGGACUCGGAGGAGGAUCUGGACUUCUUUUGCUCGGUCUGCCCCUCCUCCUUCUGUUGAGGAACUCUAACUCCGGUUAAACUUCUGACGCUGACACUCAUUACAUUAGAAGCAACUCUGUGAUACAUCGCGCAAUAUUGGCAGUUGACAGUUGGUCUGUGUGUUAUUUAUUUGUAUGCUUGUGCUGUUUUUACGUUGAUUAAAAUUGAAAAGAAACAA